UAGAUAAAAUAAAAAGUGGAAGACGUGGCAAAAGUGGUGCCUCUGUUCUGUUAUGGUAGUUGUAGUUGGAAUGAGUGAAGGAAGUUGGAAAUGAGCAUUGAGCAUAAUGGCUGCUGCUUCUUUGCUACAUCCAACUUCUAUCACUACACUUAAACAGCACCAUCACCACCGAACAUCAACAAUCUGUUUCUUUUAUCCCUCCUUAAAACCCACCAUCAUUCCACCAUACAAUGUUUCUUUCUUAACUAACACUAACCGUUUCAACACAAAGUGUAAUGCAUUCUUUGAUAACAACAAUGUGGUCAACAGUUUGUUGGAUGUUGGUGGGGACAACUUUCCUACUUUCCUCCGAUCAUUACUACUUCAGUUUGAAGACUUGUCAGACAUGCAGAGAUGGGAGUCACUUGUGUUUGGCAGUCUCAUAUGGAUUUACUUAACUGCAAGACCAGGUGUUCUUAUUGGUGCCAUUGAUGCUUACCUUCUUGCUCCUCUUCAACUUGCUUUUGAUAAUCUAUCUGGUAGGAGAAACUUGAAGACUGCUGAUUUUCUUGUUGGAAAUAAAAUCGGUGAAGGCUCCUUUGGUGUUGUUUAUUCUGGUGUUUUAGUCCCUAAAAGUGUCAUGUUAGAUGAAGAGGUCACCAAGAGAGGAAGAUCCAAGGUAACAACAACAAGGUUGGAUACCAAAUCUAAGGAUAAAGUCAUUCUCAAAAAGGUUAAGAUUGGAAUUAAAGGGGCUGAAGAAUUUGGUGAAUUUGAGGAGUGGUUCAAUUACAGACUGUCUAGAGCAGCACCUGAAACAUGUGCUGAGUUCCUUGGAAGUUUUGUAGCUGAUAAAACAAACUCACAGUUCACAAAAGGUGGAAAAUGGCUUGUUUGGAAAUUUGAGGGAGAUCUUACUCUUGACGAUUACAUCAAAGACCGCAACUUCCCUUCAAACUUAGAAUCUGUCAUGUUUGGACGUGUGUUGCAAGGUGUCGAUUCUUCCAGACGAAAUGCAUUGAUUAUCAAGCAAAUUAUGCGCCAGAUAAUUACUUCUCUUAAGAAAAUUCAUGAUACAGGCAUUGUUCAUAGAGAUAUAAAGCCAGCCAACUUAGUUGUUACUAAAAAGGGGCAGAUUAAACUCAUUGAUUUCGGUGCAGCAACAGACCUUCGGAUCGGAAAGAAUUAUGUUCCCGACCGCACCCUUUUGGAUCCAGACUAUUGCCCCCCAGAACUAUAUGUACUCCCAGAAGAAACACCGAGUCCUCCACCAGCACCAAUUGCUGCAUUCUUUUCUCCAAUACUAUGGCAGUUAAACAGCCCAGAUCUUUUUGAUAUGUAUUCUGCUGGGAUUGUACUCCUACAAAUGGCAAUACCAACCUUAAGGUCUCCAGCUGCUUUGAAGAAUUUCAAUUUGGAAAUAAAAACCUGUGGUUAUGAUUUAAAAAAAUGGAGGGAGUUUACUCGACUCAGGCCCGACUUCCAAAUUCUUGACAGUGAAUCUGGUAGAGGUUGGGACUUGGCGACAAAGCUUAUCUCUGAGAGAGGUCCCUUAAGAAGAGGACGUUUAUCUGCUGCUUCAGCUUUGAGACAUCCUUAUUUUCUUCUUGGAGGUGAUCAGGCAGCUGCUGUUCUUUCAAAAUUAAGCUCAAGUAGAAAGUGACCAGCAUGAUAAUUUGAUGCAAAACAUAGUGUCCACUGUCCAGUGUAACACAAGAAUUUUUACAACUAUCCCCAAGGGGCUUUGAACUUGGCACGCUGAGGUUACAAGGCUAUGCUCUUACUACUGAGCUAGCACCUCAAGUGUAAGAAUAUGUUCUAAUUGACAUUGGAUUAUAUUUAUGGAUAAUGUGUCAAGAUGGUUAACCAUUUACUUUUUGUGUAUUAUUGUUCACGUUUAAUGCGGAGUAAUUAUUUCCAUCAGGAUAAGCACGUUUUGGAAUAUAGAGCUGUUCUACGACAAGAUCGCCUAACUUAUGAAUUGAUAACCAUCACCUAUAGUAUUUUGUUUCAUUUUAUAUCUAUUUGGAAUUUGCUCCCGAAGGUUAAAUUAGGGGUAGAUUUUGGGCACAAUUUCAGGCAUAUAGAGGAAAUUUAUAUCUCAAAGGAGGAUGUUUUUUUUUGCUGCCAUAUAGAUUUCUAUUUUUAUUGGAGACUCAAUAAUUAUAUAUUUAAUUGCCACAACAAUAAACUACAGAGCUACAUAAUAUCAUUAUUUAUUGGAGACUA